AGCAGUUGCUUUGUAAAAUCACACAAAUUAAAUGAAUUCCUGAAUUUGUCAGAAUGUUCGGCGCUUUAGAAAUAUUUUGGGAGCCCGUUUGAAGAACAUCAUCAUCAAAAAAUUGCGCCGUGCCGAUUUAUCAGAUAAUUGAUAGUUCUGCAAUAUUUUUUGGAAGCAAAUUAAGCAUUUAUCACCCUUGUCUGGGUCAGUUUAAUUGAAAAAAAUUUAAGUUUUUAUUGUUAUUGUUUCGGAAUAGGUUUAUCUUUUAAUCGUGCACCGUUUUAUAUCGCCUACAACAGUUCCACGACCAAAGCCCAACCAAACUAUUUGGAUUUCUAAAUUUUAAGCCAGCACAACGUCUGACAGCGAAGAGGAGGAGCAUACAUUUAUUGUCAAUCCAUUUCAGUGACUUAGUUUUUUUUUUGAUAGUUCGAGCGGACCGUUCUUCACAGGAUAAGUUCCUUAAUGGGUGCCAGUAAAAGUAAAAUGUUGGUUGCUGAAAUAUCCGUAGCUAGAGCCGCUGAGUCGGAUAUGCGCGGGAGGCUGAGUGAUCGGGAAAAAGAAUGCGAGGAUUUGGCAGCUCAACUGGAACAACGGAAGCAGGAGUAUGAACAAAAAUACAGUGACCUCGAGUUGAAGCACACAGAGCUUCAGGGCCGUUUCUUAGAGCUGAAAAGCAAGUUCGAGUCGGACGAACUGAGCUCUGGGGACUACAAUAAUCGGGCCAGCGAGCUUAAUCGAAAGUUGAAUGAAGCUCUGAGCGAGCGCGAUUUCAUCAAGAUAGAGGCCCAAAAGCAAAUCGAGGCUUUGCUCUCAAAUCAGAAGGCCUUUGACGAUGAAAUCCAAAAUGCUCGCGCGAAGUUGCAACAGGUCGAGGCCAAUUAUGAGGAGCGAAUCCGAUGUCUUGAGAUGGAGCAGCAGAUGCUUUUGGAUGAAUCAGCUGAAAAGGACUAUAAUAUGCAGAGAAUGCGAGAAGAGUCGGAGGAUUUGCAAAACAGAUAUGAGGUCGAAAAACAGAAACUAGAAGAAGAUUUCAACAGGAAAGGGAUUUUACUACACAGUCAAUUUAAUGAGGAGAGGGCACAACUGAAUAUGCAAUGGGAGCUUAAAUUAAGUGAGGAGGUCAGCAAAUUUAGAUCAUCUUUAGUACAGGAGAAUUCAAGUCUACAGGAGAAACUCAACACAGCCCUGAGUGAUAUCGAUUCGCUUAGCAGAAAAUAUAAACUACUUAACAAUUUAUUUGAAGAAAUCCGAUCCCGAUAUGAACGUCGUGAAUCUCGUAAGGAAGAUCUUGAGCGAAUUGCCGAUCUCGAGGGACAACUGAUUGUUCAGUCCGAAGAGAUUGAGCGACAGCGAGACAUCCUGAAAGCACUGAAAUUUCCGACGCAACAAAAUGGAAAUCCGAACAGCCGCAGGAAUCGACGAAAUGCACGGAAACUGCAGCAACAGAAAUUGAACUGUAAUGGAACUGGCAAUAUCAACGGUGGGACGGGGAAGAACCUGCAAAGGUGUCGAGUGUCAUCAACUUCUUCGGCGUCAUCAUCGUGCUCUGAGACAAAAGGCGACAACUAAGGCAGCAUGGAGUAAGCGAGGUUAUACCAAAAAAUUUCUAGAUUAGAUGGAAAUUUAUCGAAUUUAAAUGGAAAGAAAAUAUUUUAAAAUUAUUCAUUUACUAAUUUAUUGUAUAGGCAAUAACUAAAUAUUAUGGGUUGAUUUAGACGAUCUGUUAAGAAAAAUAAUUUAAUUUUUCAGUGUUCAUGUUAUAUCGAAAUUCAUUUCAAAUACACUUAAGUCGCCUCUCCA